AUGCUUCCGUUUUUAUACCAGACUCGGACCCUUCAACGGGCUGUCAAGGGUCCCCUUGUGGCGUUGACUUCUGCCCGUUUGAUGCACUCUCCACGACGGCCUAAAAAGCUUCGAGAUAAUUCCAUUCCGUUUCAAUGGGAUUCCAAAGAAGACCAAGAGCUGGAAGGACCCAGCUCAGAACAAGCGUCCACCAUCACGCCUUCUGAGGCCCAGAUUUUCAAAAAGAUCUUCAGUGAAAUCGCCGAAGGCAAAAUGCCACCCGUGAAGAGUCGGACCCCGGCUCAGCAAAAUCUCACUGACGCACCCGCUAUAAGCGGCGAGAGAGACAGCUCUGGCUCAGCCCGCGCAAUGACCGAAAAGGUCCGCAUCUCUGAGUUCCGCGAGAAAUUUUUGGGCCGAUAUCCCAAGUCGCUCCAAAACGCUGCUCAAGUUGCACUGGGCCUGUAUGAGGUCAAACCACAAGACUCAGAGUCCGGGGAAAAGGCCCAGAUGAUCGAGCUGGACGGUGCUGAUGAGGCUACAUGGGCUGAGCGCACAGAGCGGGAGCUUGCCAGAAGCCAGGAAUGUGAAAGAGUAGAAUCUCUGAUGAAGCAAUGCAAGACUGACGCAGAGCUGUGGAGCAUCAUGGAGAAAGAGGUUUUCUCGCUGCCCGAAAAGCUGCAUAUUGCACAGGCAAAGCGAGCCGCAAAGGGAAAAAAGAAGGCUCGGCAAUCGAAUGCACUUGUGGAGGAUGCCGAGGCGAGUCUGUACCAAGAACAGUCAGCAUUAGAAAUGGCCUCGCAAGACGAAGAACGAGUGAUGGAUAUUCACGGACCGCUAUACUCUCGAUUCCUCAGCACGGCCUUGGACCUCUUCAACUCGGCCUUUGCUCGACCUUCUCCAUAUAUAUUUCAGAUCCUCCCCCGCAUCAAGGAACUCGGCUUACCUUCGUUCGUCCUCGGCGUCUCGACACCGUUUUAUUCCAAGCUGGCCGAGAUCCACUGGCAGCGCUUUGGAGAUGCCAACUCUGCACUUGACAUGCUGGAGGAGAUGAAUUCUGCCGGCCUGUUUGCGAAUAAAGAGGCGAAUGGCCUUCUUUCGCAGCUGCGCAAUCAUCUGCAUGCCUGCACUUGGGGCGGUCAAGGCCCUUUUGUGAUGGCAAUGAUGGAGUCUUCUGAGUUUGGCAACGCAUUGAUUCAGAGAAUCGAAUUUAUAGAAAAGAUGAUUGAGCAGUCGUCACAUGACCGGCUGAGGGACCCUUCUUUCUGA